GAGACCUCUGUUGGUCCCUCCUAAAGGAAAAUCAAGUGUUUUCCAGAGUUCUUACUCUCUUUCACAAAGCUAGAAAAAAGCUGACAGUAAGACUAGAGUUCAGUAAAUAAACACAACAUUGCUCAGAAACAGGAAUCUCUAAAACAGUUAGUGAUUUUUAUCUUUGCGCUUUUGUCUAAUAUUGAAGAGGCCCCAUCCCCUCUAAGAUCCGAGUUGUAUUUUGUCAGAUGAAUGAUGCUAACAAGUUAAAUGCCAGUUUAGCCACAAUAACAUCCCACUGCAAUUUGGUGGCUGUGCCAGGUGCACUGAUGAUCUUCAUUAUACUGCCUCCAAAAUGCUGGCACAUGUGUUUCAGGUUACACUCAUUUAACAUAAUGAAACUAGUCUCAGGUGAAAGCAUUUGUAGAAGCAGUACCUUUGAUGUUGGAGUGAACCUUGAGACAAAGACAGGACACAUAUGUAGAAUGGUGCCAUGCCAGCAAUGAGAUACUGAGCCAGCAACAAGACAAGGAUGAAGGAUGUUUUGUCCUGGUGCAGCAGAAUGCAAUUAAGCAAAUCACAUUCUUCCAGCAAGCACUGUCUUUGCAGACACACAACUUGUAUUCACAGCCAUCUGCAGUUCAACUGGUGGUUAGGAAUGCUGUACAGAGAGAAUGCAAGAGCAGAGGGUCUGGCUUCUGAAAUCAUCGCGACCCAAGCCACAGCAUGGGUCUCUCCACCCACUGAGUGUGAGAAGGAAGUCACCAGGCUUGCUUCACACCUGCCCUUCAUCUCAUGUAGACACCUGAGCGCACAGAGCUGGUUUGAAUGUUACCGGGGCAGAUGACAACACUUGAAGUAGUGUGAGAUCACCAACUGCCUGGUACCACUGUUAGGAACCUUGUUUUCUCUAAGAAUUGUUAAGCACUGAAAGGACACAGAAUACAGGACCUAAAAGUCAAGAAGCACCACUUACUUCUUGCAGCCACUGCUUUAUGGAGAGUGAGAAGCACUGCUAAACAGCUGUGGCCAGAGCACAUAAAAGAAAUAAUGAAUCUGCCUUCCUGCCAGCCCACAAGAAAAGAUAACAAGCUUCAUCUCAUUCAUAUUAAACGAUCCAAUUCUGUAGCAUCUGGGUUUCUAAGGUGUGUUACUAGCGACAUUUAAGCCCGCUCCUCACGGGACCUCACGGUGUUUCAGGUGCCCUCAGACGUGCCAGAAGGCCUUCUUUACUCUGUAUGCGAGGACCAGGUUCCUCCCUCCUCGCUGACCGGCUCCGGCCCCCCCUCAGCGGCGCUGCUAAUGAGGGCAAGCAGGCGCCAUCCCGCACAGCGGCCAGCGGGGGAUGGCUCCUCCCGGCCGCAGGUAGACUCCCAGGUAGCCCUGGCGCCGCUCUCCCCUCCUGGGUCUCUGGCGGCCCAGGUGGCCUUGAUGAGCCUGCCAGGGCCGGCAGCCGCAGCCCGCGCAUUGGUCGCUGCUGGGCGGGUCAUUAACCGGGGUAGGUCGGACGUGCCUGCGCCGGGCCGGCAUGGAUGGGACGGGUGCGGACGAGGAGCGGGGGCUCGAAGGGUCGGAGUGCAAGGACAAGAAGGAAGAUGCAUCAUUGAACACUGAGCACUUUGUGGUACAUGCUGAUGCUGCUGGUGGGCAUGGUACAGGGAGCAGUAUGCUGUCUAUGUUCAAAAGCACAGCUAUAAAGGAAGUUGAGGAUAACUUGGGAACAGAAGAUAGAAUCAGCGUUAUAAAGGAGGUGGAAGAAGAUGGAAGAUACUGCACCCUGCAGGCAACUGGGUCAGCUUCCCAGGAGUCAGUGGCCCUUGAUGGCCAGCUUGACCUUGCCUCAGUAUGUGGGAGACUGUCAAAUUUCCUCAGUGACACAAAGGCUGUGCCUCCACUUUCUGUGGUUGAAGUUGCACAGGAGCCCACAUCACAGUCAGGGUCCUGUGAGCAGUGUCAGAGCUAUUGCUCUGAUGGGAUUGAAAAGGAGGCAAAGAAGAAGAAAAGUAAAAACAAAAGUGGGAUGUGCUCCAAUAAAGUACCUGGUGGAAUCCCUAGAGACCUCUGCAGACAGGAUGUGUGUGGCCCAGCUACUCACCAAUCAUCAGAAUGUACUUCAGGCAGCGUUGCAGCUCAGCAAUCCUACAACGUGUCUUCAGUCCUGGAAUGUGGAAGUAGCCACGAUGGGGCCAAGGGAAAGAAAAAAUUAUUUGAGAAUCCAACAAUUCUGCCACCAGUCAGGAAGAAGUUACGCACCUUCUAUAACGCAGAGCAGUUAGAAGAGUUGGAGAAGAUGUUCCAGGAAGACCACUACCCUGACAAUGAGAAGAGGAGGGAGAUUGCAGCUGUGGUUGGUGUAACGCCACAGCGUAUCAUGGUCUGGUUUCAGAAUCGCAGGGCAAAGUGGCGGAAAUCAGAGAAGUUGAGUGUGAAAAGCAACAAAAAGCAUCCAACAUCCUCAGCACCGCCACCUCUUCAGUCCAUGCCUCCGUUACCUGACACUGCUCAUGACCAGUCUGCUGUGCUGGACGUUGACACUACAGGUGGGAACUACCCCAGCUUGCUCAGUGGAUAUCCUGCACCACUUGCCUCCUCCUCAGUAUCGUCAGUGGUAGGAAUGGUGACAUCCUGUGAAGCAGUUCAGACAAAGGCAUUGCCACAGCUCAACUUCAGUUUCAGCAGAAUGGAGGGCUUCCCUAGUCUUCCCAGCCCUCCACCCAUCCGCAGGGCCAGCCUGCCCCUCAGUUUGGCCGUCAACUUGCACAACCACGUUGUUCCUUUGAUGCUGGACACUCCCAACAGUGAAUGCUGCUUUUCCUGUCAGCAGAAUGGCUCGAGGGAGGCCUUCACGUACAGCAUCCAGAAUCAAGGCUUGAAUUCACCAGUUCCCUUCAAUUAUCCCGAGGAGCUGGAGUCAGCAGGCAACCUAGAGGACACAUACUGUCCGUACAGCAGCCAAGAUGGAAUUUACCAACUGCCCCAAUACCCCCAGCAGCACCAGCUCUCCCAGUUCCACCAUCUGCCAGCUCACCUGACCAGCAAUGUGCUCUCCAGUGUCCACCUCAGUCCUACAGCACCCACUGAGUCCCAUACAGCUUUCCUCCCCUUACCUGGUAACAGUGGAAUUGUAACCCAUGGGGCACCAGGAACCACACAAGCAUACGUGCAAAGCCAUGUGGGGGAACAGCUCUUACAGCACCCAAGUGAAAACUCAGGUAAAUUCUGAAAUCUUUUGGCAUCCUGCUCCUUCUGGAGUAACUAAACAGUGCACUGAAACAUUCAGGAUGACCAGAGGUUUUACUGAUGACUGACAGAAAGGGGAAAUGUGCAUAUACACACACAAAUAUAUCUGUAUAGAUAUAUAUGCUGCCUUUUAUGUAUUUUCUACUAUGUUAUUUUUUAAAAGCGCUGAGUGAUCCAUUAAUUUGAUUCAAAAGUUCCUACACAGGCUGUAUGUCAGAGAGAGCGUUACUAUGCGAGUAUCUCAGGUAUUGCAAUAGUUCUGUC